AUGCUGCUGUCUGUCCUUAUCCCAGGGCCCUCAUCCCAUUCCUCCGCCAGGGACAGACACUGGCCUCAGACACCCCUCCCUGUCCUCCUGAUGAGGUCUGCCUCGAUGGAGUCCCCGGGCCGGGCCAUACCUCUGGAGGAUGAAGGGCCAGUCACAGUGAAGCUGGAGGAGGCUGCUCCAGGGGACCCUGGCUCUGAGACUGCCUGCCUGUGCUUCCGUUUCCACUACCAGGAGGUGUCCAGGCCCUAUGAGGCCCUGGUCCGGCUGUGGGAGCUGUGCCAGCAGUGGCUGCGGCCCAAGGUGCACUCCAAGGAACAGAUGCUGGAGUUGUUGGUGCUGGAGCAGUUCCUGGGCACCCUGCCCCCCGAGAUCCAGGCCGGAGUAUGGGGACAGCGGCCCAGCAGUCCAGAGGCAGCUGCAGCCCUGGUAGAAGAACUGCACUGGGAGCAGGGUGGCCCAUGGAUCCCAGUCCAGGUGCAGGGCCAGGAGGUGCUCACUGAAAAGAUUGGGCACUCCGGCUUCCAGCCCCGGGCACCAGAACCCAGCCCGGCAACGCCCCCGAGGGCCACUCAAGAAUUGCCACUGGGACUUAGUGUGAUAGAGGAGCCCGAGGUCACAGAGGACCUAUCCUCCACACUCCUGGAGCCUCAGCCCAGCAAUGUCACCCCCGAGGCCCUGCCUGCCCUCUUGCCUGAGGAAGCCCAGGUGAGCUCCCAAGCCCAGCCAUGCCCUGGAAGGGUUUGCACCUCUGUGGACGGAGUUCCUGAGGGCCCACUCCUCCACGUCCCAGGGGACUUUGGAGUAGCCAGCCUCAGGGGCCGGAUGCCGUCACCCACGGGCAAAGGUGUCCUCUCACAUGCACUGCAACUUGCGCGUGAUCUGGGAGAUGUGAAGGAACCCGAGAGCAAAGACCCCCGUUAGGGUCUCGGACCCCCACCAUCUCUGCGGGUCACUGUCCUCUGGCGGGCCCCAAGAGGCCCAGGCCCAGGCCGUCCGAGCGCAGUGCAGGGUGGCUGCUGUGACGUAUGUGGCAAGGUGUUCACCCAGCGCAACCUGCUGCGCCACCAAAAGAUCCACACGGGCGAGUGGCCCUUCGUGUGCAGUGAAUACAGCCAUGCCUUCCACCUGCUGCGCCACCAGGUGACGCACAGUGAGAGGCAGCAGUUCGUGUGCGCAGACUGUGGCCAGGGCUUCAUGUGCAGCGCACGCCUGGAGGAACACCUGCGCGUGCACACAGGCAAACAGCCCUUCCUCCAGCAACGGUCCUACCUGCUGCAGCACCAGCGCAUCCAUGGCAACCCCCUUGGGCCCGGCGCUGCCAGCCCCGUGUCCCCCAUGCCGCCCUGCGGUGUGCCCGAGCUACACAGCCCCUUCCCCUGCAGCGAGUGCCGCGAAAGCUUUGCGCGGCGCGCGGCGCUGCUGGAGCACCAGACUGUGCACACGGGCUCCAAGUCCUUCAGGUGCGCUGAGUGCUGCGAGCACUCCGGCCGUUGCCCGCUGCUGCAGCACUACCAGUGCGGGCACAGCUGUGAGCGGCGCUUCGGUCACGGCUACAACCUGGCGCAGCACCGGCGCAUCCACACGGGCGAGCUGCCCUACGCCUGUGCCAAGUGUGGCAAGGCCUUCCGCCAUCAGGUCACGCUCACGCAGCACCUCCGCGUGCACACCGGCGAGAAGCUUUGUGGCCUGCGCUUCAGCCAGUGCUUCAAGCUCCCGCGCCACCAGCGCACGCGCACCGGCGAGAAACCCUUUGCCUGCCAGGACUGUGGCCGCAGUUUCUACCAGAGCACCAAGCUCAUCCAGCACCAGCAACUGCACAGGGCUGAAUGA